UAUGUUAUACCUAAAUGUACAAAGAUCGGAGAGUACAUGGAGUUCAUCAAUGCUCUAAAUAACACAGACACCACAGAGGUGUUUGGACUGCAUCCAUCAAUGCUGACAUUACGUAUUCAAGCAAGACAGCCAAGGUGAUUCUGGACACAGUAUUGAGCAUUCAGCCAAAGGAUAGUAGUGGUGGAUCUGGUGAGACUCGUGAGUCAAUCGUUACGAGAAUUUGCGAUGACAUGUUGGAAAAACUUCCCAGUGACUACAUCGACUUUGAGGUGAAACA